AAGAAUUGAGUUGUCAAAUUCGAAAAGUUGAGGGAUCGAUACAAAAAAGCCUAUACUGAAUUUAGACUUUAAAAGUCCGGUGAAGUAACCCGGUGAGCUGGAAGAACUAGUCAUAUUUCUUUUAUUUUUGGUAAAUAAUUCUACAUCCAUACUGAUUGUCUUGCUCCAAAAACUCAUCAAACCAAACAUACUCAGAAACAACCUUGGAAGUUUAGUCCUGACCAAGCUCUUCCUCACAACUGAAAUGACCCGCCAUUCCAAUUUCACAUGAUUCAAACAACAACUCCCCUCAAAACCGACCACCUCAUUUCCCUCUCCCGAAAAUGCAAAACCUUAAAGCAACUCGCCCAAAUCCACGCCCACCUCCUCAAAUCCUCCCCACCCCAUCAAAACCCGAACCCCAUUUCGCAACUCGUCGCCGUCGCCGCCAUGUCCGACAACGCUUCUUUCUUCUCCUACGCUCGCUCCAUUUUUGAACACCUUCAUUACUGCAACACAUUCACGUAUAACACCAUGAUCAGAGGGUACGUUCAGUCUCGCUGUCCUCUUCACGCCGUUCGUUGCUAUUUAGACAUGUUGAAUUACGGGUUGAGAGCUAAUAACUAUACUUUUCCGCCAUUGAUAAAAGCUUGUACGAUUCUUGAUGAUAAUUCAGAGAUAACUGGUCGUUUGGUUCAUGCCCAUGUUGUGAAAUUUGGUUUUCGGGACGACCCUUUUGUUAGUACUGCGCUCAUUGAGUUUUACUCGUCGGUUGUUGGUGACAUGGUAACUGCACGCUCUGUAUUUGAUGAAUGUCCUAAGAGAGAUGUGGUUUUGUGGACGGCUAUGGCUGAUGGGUACGGGAAGGUGGGGGAUGUUGGGAGAGCGAGAGAGGUGUUCGAUGAAAUGCCUGAGAGAAAUGCAGUGUCGUGGAGUGCAAUGAUGGCCGCGUAUUCUUGGUUGAGUGACUUCAGAGAGGUGGUUUGUUUGUUUGGAAAAAUGCUAGAGGUUGGCACUAAGCCGAACGAGUCGGUUCUCGUUAGUGUUCUUACCGCUUGUGCUCAUCUUGGUGCUGUCACGCAAGGAUUGUGGGUCCACUCCUAUGCUAAGCGGAAUAAGCUUGAUUCGAAUCCGAUUUUGGCCACCGCGUUGGUUGAUAUGUACUCUAAAUGUGGCUUUGUGGAAUCGGCUUUGGCAGUUUUUGAGGGUAUUACUGAUAAGGAUGUGGAAGUGUGUAAUGCCAUGAUAACCGGGCUCUCCAUGAAUGGUAAUGCGAGAAAAUCACUUGGGCUCUUCAACAAAAUGGCCAUAAACGGGAUUCAACCUACCGUAACCACAUUUGUUGCCGUGAUCACUGCUUGUACGCAUGCGAAAAUGGUUAACGAGGGCCUUAAGUUAUUCUAUGAAAUGGACACUAUUUAUGGGGUUAAGCCCCGGUGGGAGCAUUAUGCGUGUGUUGUUGACCUUUUGGCAAGAGCUGGAAUGGUAGAAGAAGCCGAGAAGUUCAUUGAGCAGAAGAUGGGAGGGCUAGGAGGGUGGGACGCCAACGUGUGGGGAGCGUUGCUUAGUGCGUGCAGAGUUUAUGGGAAUGUUGAAGUUGGAAACCGAGUUUGGAGAAAGCUAGUGGAUAUGGGAGUAAACGAUUGCGGCGCCUGUGUUCUUUCGUAUAACAUGUAUAAAGAAGCUGGCUGGGAAAGGCAGGCAAUGAGGGCCAGAAAAUUGAUCUCCAAAGCGGCGAUGCCGAAGCAGCCUGGAUGCAGUGUGAUAGAGGUGAAUGGUCUGGUUGAGGAGUUCCUUGCUGGUGAUCUUUGCCAUCCGCAAGCACAAAAUAUUGUCAAUAUGCUUGAUUCUUUAUUCAAAAUGGUGAACUUCGAGGAUUUUUGAUCUGAUAUGACGAUUUCGUUAUGUAUUCUUGAAACAGU